UCGACGCGAAAGAUCAAUCUAUAAGAAGCCUCUGCCCUCAAGCCGGCCUCGUCUGCUUCUAAACACGGCUCAGUCAUGGGAAAUCACCUUAUCGAUGAUUCAAGCUCCCUCAUCUUGACGAGCCUUCGCGGCUUGUGUCGCUCUAAUCCCCAUCUCACGCUGGACACAACUCACCGAGUCUGCUUCAUCAAGCCAAGCACGAAACGGGUCCACCUAGUCUCUGGCGGGGGUUCAGGCCAUGAGCCUGCUAUGGCGGGCUAUGUUGGUACUAAUAUGCUUGAUUGUGCCGUUGCCGGUGAUGUCUUUGCAAGUCCAUCAGCAUCGGCCGUCACUGCAGGCGUCGUUGCCAUGGGUGACAAUCCAGUCUUGAUUAUCGUCUUCAGUUAUACGGGAGACAGGCUUCAUUUUGGUAUGGCAGUAGAGAAACUCAAUCGGCUUGGUGGUCAAGCAGACAUGGUUGUGGUGGACGAUGAUGUUUCUGUUGGCCGCAAGCAAGGUGGUCGUGUUGGUAGGCGUGGCUUGGCAGGUACUGUUCUGGUACACAAGAUUGCAGGUGGUGCUGCACAGUCUGGUCAAGCUUUUGCAGCAGUGAAGAAGCAGGCUCAGGAGGUGGUGGCAAACCUGGUGACUGUUGGUGCUAGUCUUACCCAUGCCUCUGUGCCAGGCUCGAGUGGCGAAGAAUCACAGUUGGCCCAGGAUGAGAUUGAGAUUGGUAUGGGUAUCCACAAUGAGCCUGGCUUCCAAAAGAUCAAGACGCCACCAGCCAAUGAGCUCGUUGAGUUGCUACUUAAGCAGUUGCUUGACCAGCAUGAUCAGGAUCGUGCUUUCGUCCCCUUCAAAGCUAACGACGAGGUCGUUCUUCUCAUCAAUAACCUGGGUGCCAUCUCCAAUGUCGAGCUCUAUGCAUUCACGCAGAUUGUGGCCGACCAAGUGGAAAGUGAUUGGAAGCUCAAGAUCGUACGAACCUACACGGGCAACUUUGUCACGUCGCUUGAUGGUGCUGGAGCAAGUAUAACCCUACUCAACCUCUCCAACAUGCAAGACAGCGACUUGGCCUUGAGUUACCUUGACUUGCCAACGACGGCACCAGGAUGGAACUGUGCAGCUGAGGCUUCUGCAUGGUCAAGUGCAUCUCAGGAAGUAGUCACUAAACCACUGCCAAAGGAGAAAUCUGAUGCAAUCUUGCCAGUAGACGAAGCAUUGACACGCAGAUUGAUUGAUGCUGCCUGCAAUGCAUUGAUUCAAGCAGAGCCAGAAAUCACAAAGUACGACACGAUUGCUGGAGAUGGCGAUGCAGGCCAAACGCUAAAGUCGGCAAGUCUUGCUGUUCAGGAAGCCGUCAAGAAUGACAAAAUUUCGUUGACCAAUGCUGUUGAUGUGUUUGGUGACAUUGCUGGCGUGCUUGAGGAGAGUAUGGGCGGUACUGGUGGUGCAUUGUACACCAUCUUCUUUGCUGCCCUCGCUGCUGCCCUUGCGUCAUCAAAGACGUUGGACAGCGCGACCAUGGCAAAUGCAAUUACUGCUGCACUUGAGCGUCUGCAGACCUAUACCACCGCCACUAUUGGCGACAAGACCAUGAUGGAUGCCUUGAUCCCAUUUGCUGAAACGCUGAGCAAGACUGCGAGCUUUGACAAAGCAGUGUCUGCGUGUGAGCAAGGCGCAUUGAGCACAAAGGGCAUGGCGGCUGGGCUCGGCCGUGCGUCCUAUGUUGAAGCGAGUGAGAGCCAGUCAGUUCCUGAUGCCGGCGCGAUGGGCAUUGCCAAGUUGGUGCGUGGUCUUCAGAGUGCAUUAGCGUAGGAUACAAGUUUCGCCAUAUCUUCGAGGAUCUAGCAAUUUGACAUCUGCAGACU